AUCUGCGCGCUGUAUUGUGGGAAGGCGGAGGCCUAGACAGAGAGGUGCAGCAGCAGCAGUGAUACACACGUGUGUUUAUAGCUUUAUUUGCUCAUCAGUAAUAUUCACAUCAGUGCGUGAUGGGGCAGGAGGAUCUGAUGAGCGCGGCGGAGGACGUGACGGAUCAGUUCUUGCGGGUAACGAAGCAUUAUCUGCCUCACCUGGCGCGUUUGUGUCUGAUCAGCACGUUUCUGGAGGACGGCAUACGCAUGUGGUUUCAGUGGAACGAGCAGCGGGAUUACAUCGAGGCCACGUGGAGCUGCGGAUAUUUCCUCGCCACAUGUUUCGUGCUGCUCAAUCUCAUUGGACAGAUCGGUGGAUGUGUCCUUGUUCUCAGUAGAAAUUUCGUGCAGUAUGCGUGCUUUGGAUUAUUCGGCAUAAUCGCACUACAGACCGUCGCCUACAGUAUUCUCUGGGAUCUUAAAUUCCUCAUGAGAAAUAUGGCUCUUGGUGGCGGGUUGUUGCUGCUGUUGGCGGAGUCGCGCUCGGAGGGGAAGAGCAUGUUUGCGGGCGUGCCAUCUGUGGGCGAGAGUUCUCCUAAACAGUACAUGCAGCUUGGCGGGCGAGUUCUGCUGGUGUUGAUGUUCAUGACGCUGCUACACUUUGAUUCCAGCUUCUUCUCUAUUCUUCAGAACAUGGUCGGAACGGCCCUCAUCAUCCUGGUGGCCGUCGGCUUCAAGACCAAACUGGCGGCGCUCACCCUGGUUCUGUGGCUUCUCGCCGUCAACGUUUACUUCAACGCCUUCUGGACGGUCCCGGCGUACAAGCCCAUGCACGACUUCCUGAAGUAUGACUUCUUCCAGACCACAUCGGUCAUCGGAGGUCUGCUGCUCGUGGUCGCUCUCGGGCCAGGCGGUGUGUCUAUGGACGAGAAGAAGAAGGAGUGGUGAGACGAACGCGUCCAACCGCGACUGUCGUUCAAAUCACAGCCCAGGACGCAAAGCCCAGCAGCGCUCCCGAGUUACCCCCAUCCGUCUGCGUCACACUUGUUCCUCUGUGUCUGUUACGUGCAAUGUUAAAUACUGGAGUUUUAUUUACCUUUUAUGUGUCCCUAUGUUGCAGCAGUUCAGGAGAUUACAACAAAAAUGUAAUAAACGGUCUGUGAUUAUACAUUAUACAUUAUGACAUCACAGAACAAGCAUCAAAACAGGGUUUCUGUGUCAAAGUGCAAUGGAGAGAUAUAGAUGUUAAAUAUGCGAACGUGACCCAUUGAUUGGCUGCCGAAAUGAAGGUCGGGGACUGUGGCUCCUCCUCUUUGGUACAUCAAGCUCAGCGACUUCUGUGGUUCUUCCUCCCUGUUCAUCAUCAUCAUCACCAUCAUCGUCAUUCAGGACUGCGUUUGGCUAAGCGGACGUUAGCCGGUCAGUUUGGCGAUGCGAUCUUCAGUGGGCAGGUGUUGAUGUUUUGGAGAGCCUAAUGCACGAGACGGUUGAUGUGCAGCGGAACCAUCAUUCGGACUUUCUGUACACGUCUCGGGCUCAAACCCGAGUUGGUCGUUUGUCUCGGAUCACGGCAGUAAACGGGAACGUUUAGUGUAUGUGAACGAAAUUCCAUUGUUUUACAAAUCUACGCAGACUGAACAGAUUUUGUAUACUUCAACCUGAAUUAUUGUCUUGCUCAGUGUUUUUUGUUGAUUCUAAAAUAAUAAUAACUCGAUAUAUUGAUUUUUCAGAAGUUUAUAUUGUAUUUUUGACUGUUUUCAGAUCAUGGCGGAGAAAUAAAAAGCAAAACAAGUGACGAAUUGUGUCGCAGCAUUGCAUCCCAAU